UUCAUUCUCACAAAACAAAAUAUUAAGAUACGGACACAGAGACACAGAUUGCGUUAGAGAGAGAAACCUCGGAUCCAAAUUGUUCUUCUAAACUUCUUCUUUCUAACAACAACUAACCAUAUCUAUUGUCUAACUCUUUCCCCUUGAAUGUGAUAUGUUAUGCAACUGUGGAUUGAGAUUAGAUUCCCACCACCCACUUUCUCUUCCCAUCCUAUGAUAAACUCUGUCUUUUUUGAUUGAAAACUAAGUUUCCCUUCUUUCUCUUUCCAUCAGAUAGAUAAAGUGUGCAUGUGAAGACAAGGACGUUUCCCAGAAAAGUGUUUCUUAAAGACCCAGCAAAAAUCCAUGCCUCUGAUUCCUGAAUACACACUCCCUUCAAUGCCAACACUAAUACCAUCUUCAUGAUUACGAUUGCAAUUGAUUUCUAUUUGGUGGGGGAUCUAAAAAAAAUUGAGCUUGGAUGCAAUGUGGGUUGAAUUAGGGCAGUUAUAGGUGCCCUACAUGCCAGAGUGACCCUCUUGGAUCUUCUGCACAAUGGCAUUGUUCCGCAAGUUCUUCUAUAAGAAGCCCCCAGAUGGGCUUUUAGAAAUCACUGAAAGGGUUUAUGUCUUUGAUUACUGCUUUACCACGGAUGUUAUGGAAGAAGAUGAAUAUAAAGUGUAUAUAGGGGGAAUAAUUGGGCAACUUCGUGGUCACUUCCCUGAUGCUUCAUUUAUGGUGUUUAACAUGAGGGAGGGAGAUAGCCAAAGCCAGAUUUCAAACAUUUUGUGCGACUAUGAUAUGACUGUGAUAGACUAUCCUCGACAGUAUGAAGGUUGCCCGUUACUUACCAUGGAAAUGAUUCACCAUUUCUUGAGGUCAGGUGAAAACUGGCUCCAACUUGGGCAACAAAACGUUGUCUUGAUGCACUGUGAACGAGGUGGGUGGCCGCUAUUAGCAUUUAUGCUUGCUGCACUCUUGAUUUAUAGAAAGAUGUUUACAGGGGAGCAGAAAACAUUAGACAUGAUAUACAAGCAAGCUCCUCGAGAACUUUUGCAGUUGAUGUCACCAUUGAAUCCAUUACCUUCACAAUUGAGGUAUCUUCAGUACAUAUCAAGAAGAAAUGUUGGUUCAGAAUGGCCUCCUCUUGAUAGGGCACUUACUUUGGACUGUGUAAUUAUAAGACUCAUUCCUAACAUGGGUGGAGAGGGUGGUUGCCGUCCUAUAUUUAGGAUAUAUGGACAGGACCCUUUUAUCCCUGCAGAUCGGACUCCCAAAGUUCUCUUUUCAACUCCUAAAAGGAGCAAACUUGUCCGGUAUUGCAAGCAGUCUGAUUGUGAGCUGGUUAAGAUUGACAUCCAUUGUCAUGUUCAAGGUGAUGUUGUUUUUGAGUGUAUUCAUCUGGACAGUGAUUUAGAGCGUGAACAAAUGAUGUUUCGGGUGAUGUUUAAUACUGCAUUCAUAAGGUCAAAUAUUUUGAUGCUUAACCGUGAUGAGAUUGACAUAUUAUGGAAUGCUAAAGAUUACUUCCCUAAAAAUUUUAGAGUGGAGGUUCUUUUCUCAGAUAUGGAUGCUUCAUCUUCUGUUAUUUCAAUUGAUCUGCCGGGUGUUGAGGAGAAAGAAGGCCUGCCUGUUGAAGCAUUUGCUAAGGUUAAGGAAAUUUUCAGCCAUGUGGACUGGCUAGAUCCAAAGGCAGAGGUAGCAAGUGUGCUCCAACAGAUCACAGCAUCAAAUAUCUUUCUGGAAAGAUUGGACAGUGGGGUAGCUAGUGGCUUGCAAAAGGAGUCACCAGGAAUAUUUAAACUUGAUUCGAAUGCACACAGUGAUACAAAGGAUCUGACUUCCGAAGAUCAGGAGAAACUUUCUACAUCCUCAUUGCGAUCAUCUGUGGAUCUUCCUAUGGAAAAUAAGACAACACCAUUAGAAACAAAGACAUUGUCAAAAAAUAAUCUUGAGACCCUUAAAUGUUUAGGUCAGGGGAACCAACCUAUUUCCUCAUCUGGGCUCUCAACAGAUACAUAUUCUACUAAAAAGGAAACUGAACUGUUAGAAGCAAAAAAAUCAUUGGAAAAUGAUAUGAAGUUUACUGCACCUAUGGCUCAUGAGAAUCAAUCUAUCCCCAUAAUUGAGCCAUCUAUGGAUGCAAAUUCAAUAAAAAAGGAGAGUGGAUCAUUAGGAUCCAAGGAGAACAAUACUCAAUCAUUAGCAUCAGAGGCACAUUUGGAAAGUGAUAGCAGAUUCAAAUCGGAGCCGGAACUCCUUUCAAAAAUUGAUAUAAAAAGUGCUACUUCUAAAGUUGAAGGGAAUCUUUCUAUGUCCUCAUUUGAAUCAUCAGGUAAUGCUCCUAUGGAAAAGGACAAAGAUCCUGUAGAAUUAAAGGCAUCACUAGAAAAUAACACCAAGACUCUUGCUUCCAUGAGUGAGGGGAAACAGCUCAUUCCCUCACUUGGUCUCUCAGAAGAUUCUACAUCCAUGGCUCAUGGGGAGCAGUCUAUGCCCUUAAUUGAACCAUCCAAGGAUGCAAAUUCAAUGAAACAGAAAAUGGGACCAUUAGAGUCAAAGGAAAAGGAUACUGAAUCAUUAGAAUCAAAGUCAUUGUCGGAAAAUGAUACCAAUCGUCCUCCAUCUAUGGCUCAAGGGAAGCAAUCCAUUCCCUUAAUUCAACCAUCGAUGGAUACAACUUCAACAAAAAACAUGGGACAAUUACUUGAAUCUCCCAUUGAUGCAAACUCAAUUAAAAAGAAGAUAGAACCUCAAGAAUUGCAGGUUGCACUUCAACUUCCCACCCAAUCUAAAAUAAUUUCACCGCAGGUGCGCCCAGCUGUUCGAUCCGCUUCUGCUUCUUAUUGUAACUCCUUUCAAGGUUCACCUGUAGCUAUCUCAAGAUAUCAUAGUGCACCAUCAUCUCUUGGAAUAACAUCUGUGUUGCAGGAUCAUGCUGUGACAAAAUCUCCUCGACCUUCUACUUCGCCUCCUUCGGACUCCAAGGUGCUAAAAUCUAUAGAGCCUAGUUCUACAAAUUUUUCUCCAACAUCAUCACCAUCACCACCAUUGCUUUCGUCUUUACCAUUAAAAGCUUCAGUUGAUGCUCUUACUGCAAUGGAGAAGACUUUUGGAUCCUUUGCUCCCGCAACUGUCACUCCUCCUCAUCCUCAUCCUCGUCCACCACCACCACCUCCUCAAGGUGAGCACACUUCAACAUUGAUGCAAUAUAAUGUUAUACAACACCCUGAAAACACAAUGCAUGAAGGUCAGAAAUCAUUGUUGAGGCCUCCUCCCCCUCCUCCUCCACUCUCUUCCCUUCCAGGAACAUCAAUUUCCACCCCGAAAGAUUCAUUUAAAGGUCCUCCAUCACCACCACCUCCACCUACACCUCCUUCUUCAACUAGACAGGCUUCAUCAUCUUUGGUACCUCCUCCUCCUCCUCCACCACUGUCUGAGUUUCCUUCUUCAGCUUCCCACCCUCUUUCUUCAUCAUUGAGUAUAUCUGGCCCUCCUCCCCCACCUCCACCUCCUAGCCAUUUUGAUUCUACUCCAUCGCCGUUAGCACCACCUCCCCCCCCUCCUCCCGCUCGUAGCCAUUCCAAUUCUACUCCAUCGCCAUUAGCACCACCACCACCCCCUCCUCCAGCUCCUAGCCAUUCUGGUUUUACUCCAUCACCAUUAGCACCACCACCCCCUCCUCCACCAGUUUCUGCAUCCCAAAAUUCUUUGUCCAACACAAAUGCUCCACCUGUACCCCCACCUCCUUCCAACGGGUUGUCAAAACCCUCUGUUCCUGGACCACCUUCUGUACCUGGACCACCUUCUGUUCCUGGACCACCUUCUGCUCCAUUUGGUGCAAAGGGACGUGGCCUAUCACGAUCUAAUGCAAGAGGUCCACAGAGUAAAAGGAGCAAUCUGAAACCUUACCAUUGGUUAAAAUUAACGAGGGCCAUGCAAGGAAGCUUAUGGGCUGAGACACAGAAACUAGAUGAAUUUUGUAGGGCUCCAGAGUUUGACAUGUCAGAACUUGAGACUUUGUUCUCUGCAGCUGCUCCAAAUCCUGAUGAUAAAGGAAAAUCAACACGCCGCCCCUCACAAAAAGUUGACAAAGUUCAAUUGAUUGAGCUUAGGCGGGCAUAUAACUGUGAGAUCAUGCUUACAAAAGUCAAAAUCCCUUUGCCUGAUUUGAUGUGUGCUGUGCUUGCAAUCGAUGAUUCAGUGUUAGAUGUUGAUCAAGUAGAGAACCUCAUAAAAUUCUCUCCAACCAAAGAAGAGAUGGAACUGCUCAAGAACUAUAAUGGGGAUAAGGACAACUUGGGAAAGUGUGAACAGUUCUUCAUAGAAUUAAUGAAAGUGCCUAGAGUGGAAAGCAAGCUAAGAGUGUUCGCUUUUAAGAUGCAAUUCUGCUCCCAGGUUUCAGAGCUUAGAAGGGACUUGAAUAUUGUAAAUUGUGCUUCUGAAGAUAUAAGGAAUUCAGUCAAGCUGAAAAGAAUCAUGCAGACCAUUCUUUCUCUGGGUAAUGCUUUGAACCAUGGAACUGCAAGAGGUUCGGCUGUUGGGUUUCGAUUGGAUAGUCUACUUAAACUUACUGAUACACGAGCUAGAAACAGCAAGAUGACUCUUAUGCAUUAUCUUUGUAAGGUGCUUGCUGAAAAACUUCCAGAACUACUAGAUUUCCCCAAAGAUCUACUGAGUUUGGAGGCUUCAACCAAGAUACAACUAAAGUUUCUGGCAGAGGAAAUGCAAGCUAUUAGUAAAGGACUGGAGAAAGUUGUUCAGGAAUUAACUGCGUCAGAGAAUGAUGGGGCUGUGUCAGAAAACUUCUGCCAGAUUCUGAAGGAAUUUCUUUCUUAUGCUGAAGCUGAAGUGAGGUCUUUGGCUCAACUUUAUGCCAAUGUGGGUAGAAAUGCAGAUGCAUUGGCUUUAUACUUUGGUGAAGAUCCAGCACGUUGCCCAUUUGAACAAGUUGUAUCUACACUGCUCAACUUUGUGAGAAUGUUCGUAAAAGCGCAUGAUGAAAAUUGCAAGCAGAUUGAGUUAGAGAAAAAGAGAGCAGAGAAGGAAGCAGAAAAUGAGAAGGCGAAGUUAGCUGCUGCUAAAAAGGAGUCUGAACCGAUGAUAAGGACCACCAUCAAGAGUGGGAAUGUUAAAUGAUAAGAUCUUUCUGUGGCCUCAAGCUGCUGCAAGAGAUGUUACAUAGUGAUAAAGUUGCCAUCUGGUUGGAUAAAGAAAACCCUUUGCACAAAUGCAAAACCAUCUUGGCUGCAUAGACAUUAAUGAUGACCCUAUAACUCAAGUUCUCUAAUGCAAUAAAUUUAUGCUCGUGGCAUAUGGCUGAGGAUUAUAUUCAAGUAGUAAGCCUUCUCAAAAGCUCAUUUUAUGUCAAGAUCUAUAUGCGGCAUAGUCACCAGUUUCUAAUUAACAUUCAUUUCAUUCUCAAUUUGUUCCAUGUCAAGCAGAAAAGCAGUUUCAUGGUGUUCACUUUGGUGAGAGUGAAGUAUUUCAGUGUACAAAGAAGCCAGUCCAAAAUUUUGUGUACUCACAUUAGCAAUGUAAAUGUCGAUCCAUUGACAACUUUUUCCCACAAAAGAUAGAGUAGUACUUAAGUUUUAAUUUAACUUACUUAGAGGCACCUACACUGAGAGUUCUCAUUUAAAGCCCUUAUGCUCUACAUGCACUGAUGAAGGCAAAUGCGUUGUAAAUAUUGAGGUAUUGGUUAGAAUACAUGUUUGUUUUACUGAGCCAUCCGUUUAUUUGAAGUUCAAGCUCUCAUUUGA